UCUAUCGCCAAACCCUCUGCCCAUCAUAAUUUUUUUCUUUUUCAUAAUGUCAUACAUUUUAAAUCUCUUAUAAUCCGUAAAUUCGAAAUUGGUUAUUUUUUUUUAUAAGCGCGACACAAUAAUGAUUUACUAAAGGGAUGUGAAGUUUGUUCUUUGGUUUCAACGCGUGUUUUGUAUGUUGCAUGAACUUUCACCUCAGUUCCCACAGCCAAGCAGGAUCUGUGGAUUUGACAGGACAGUGACAAUUCUAACACGAUCUUUAACUUUGAGUAUGCAUCGGCUUUCGAGCCUUUAGUCAUUUAUUCCUAAAAAAAAUAUCGCGUUUUGCACAGUGUUAUUGCACACUAUCUGUUGCAGCCACAUGGAAACUUUCAUCAGCUUCACUAACCAAAGUCAAGGAAGGGAUCGCAUAUUCAGAGCAACCCAAUAUGCUUGUGCUCUGGCGAAAUACCUUCUGAGAAAUGAAGCGAAGAGAAAAGAGCUGGUGAAAAAGCUGCAAUUUCUGGAGUCUAAUAUGAGUUCGGGGCGGAAGCUAUUCAGGCUUGGGAAUACAGUCAACUCGAUCCAUGCGGCCAAGAGCACUCUUCAUAUUUCUGACCCCGUGCUGCGCUUUUGCCUUACUUCUGCCAACCUCAACCGUGCCUUGUAUUUCAUCUGUGACAACAUACUCUGGGCCAGAGGUAUUGGGCUAAUACGAGACAUCGACAAGGAGCGCUGGAGCUUGAACUCCACUCGCUUCUAUUUCCUGUCCUUGGUUAUGAAUCUAACCAGAGACGUCUAUGUGAUCAUCCAGCUUAUGGUACAGAAGUCUCGGGACCGACAAUUCCAGCAAAAAGUCGACCAGCAUCUCAAUGAAAGCCCAGAUGUGGCUUGUGUCAUAGUGCCUCAGCUUGAUGCGUUCCUCUUUCUUCUCCUCGAGAGCCUCAGAAAUGAACCAUCUGUGGCUCUCGAUACAGUUAAAAAUGUUUGCGAUCUUUUCAUUCCACUUGACAAACUGGGCAUUUACCAAACAAAUGCAGGGGUGGUGGGCUUCUGUGGCCUUGUUUCUUCUCUUUUAGGUAUAUUGUCAGUUUUGAGGCCCAGCCUCAAAAUCAAGCCAUGAUUUAGGGAAUGAAGAAAAUGCUCUAUAGAGGAACAUCCAAAAUGUCUUUUAGAUAAGAAAACCUUUCUAACAAAUGUUUCGAUUUCAUUUUAGUGUGGAAUUAGACUACUAUUAAGCUUACUUUUAUAAAGGGAUCAACUUAAUUGUAUAAGGGAGACAGGAGAACAGCACAUACCCAUAAUGCAGCAGUGCACCUGCAGUUCUGCACAACAUAAUGAUAAAAAAUAAUAGCAUCAUUUAGAUAAGAUUUCGCAGUGUGGGUUUGACCACAUGCUGUGUACACUUUCAUUAAAUAGAGUGCCUUGCUGUAUCUGUUGUUGUAUUAUGGCAGCCUUAGUGAAAUAAUACACCUUUAUAUUAUGCAGUAUUUAGUAGUUUUAAUAGAGAUUAUAUCACUUUGGUACUGAUGAUACUGAGAUGAGGGUACAUGAACACAUUUUGGAACUUUCCAACAAAAAGAUGCUCUCUGUGAUGGCAGAUGCUCAACUUUCUGAAAUAUGUGCUUAAUAUUUAGUCUUUUUUUACAUGGAAAACCAUCUGUGAAAUUAGAUAUUCUACCUCAUUCUGACAGAUCCCAUAGUUGUUUACAGAUGUGUGUUUUAUUUUAGGUGCCACAGUUUUGUUAGUUGUUAGUCCAGUUUUGGUUUAUCAUGACAAAAGAUAACUUAUUACAUUCUGAUUCCACAUAAUUGGUUGUCAGCACAAACUGCUCUAAGAAAAAACUGUGAACUUUAAUAAAGGAAUUUUUAUGCACUGUUGAAAA